AUGGCCAAAAGAAGAACCAAGAAGAGAACUCAUGUGCAUCAGACCGAGGAGGAGGAAAAGGGUAUCCCAAAAUCAAUGGUGAUUAGAGUUGGCCAAACUUCAUUGAGUAAUCAUUCAUUGAAUCAAUUAGUUAAGGAUUUCCGUCAAAUCAUGCAACCUCAUACAGCUAUCAAAUUGAAGGAAAGAAAGUCCAAUAAGCUGAAGGAUUUCGUUGUUAUGUGUGGUCCCUUGAGUGUUUCUCAUCUUUUCAUUUUUACUCAAUCUGAAAAGACUGGGAAUGUUUCUUUGAAGAUUGCCAGAACACCUCAAGGUCCUACAAUCACUUUUCAAGUUAUGGAUUACUCUUUAGGAAGAGAUAUCAAGAAGUUCUUAAGAAGACCAAAAUCCUUAAAUAAAGAGGAUGUAAUGGAUCCACCGUUGUUAGUAUUGAAUGGGUUUAAUGGUGUUAAAAGUAAAAAGAAUGCUGAAACAGAGAAUGUAGAAAAGGUUGUUGUCUCCAUGUUCCAAAAUAUCUUCCCAUCUCUGAAUCCAGCUAGGACUCAGUUGAAUACCAUCAAAAGAGUUUUUAUGAUUAAUAAAGAUCAAGAUACAGGUGAGAUAACUAUGCGUCAUUACUUUAUUGAUAUUAGAGACGUUGAUAUUUCCAAGAACCUAAAGAGACUUUAUAAAGCCAAACACAAUUUAAGUAAAUCUGUGCCGAAUUUACACAGAAAGGAGGAUAUUUCAUCUUUAAUAUUAGAUCAUGAUUUGGGUGCAUAUACUUCUGAAUCCGAAGUUGAAGAUGAUGCGAUCGUUAGCGUUGUUGAUAAGAAAGAUAUUAAAGCUAGCAGCAUAACUGUUCCAAAACAAGUAGUUAAAAAAGAUGAUACUAAAGACGACGAUGAAGAUAUGGAUAAAGACGAAGAGGAUGACGAUGAAAGUAACAUUACCAAAAAAGCCACUAUUAUUGAUGAACCUGUUGUAGCUCCACGUAAGAAGGCUAUAAAACUUACUGAACUGGGACCAAGAUUGACUUUGAAAUUAGUGAAGAUUGAAGAAGGUAUUUGCUCUGGAAAAGUCUUGCAUCAUGAAUUUGUUAACAAGAGUAGUGAUGAAAUAAGGGCUUUAGAAAAGAGACAUGCUGCUAAAAUGAGAUUAAAGGAACAAAGAAAGAAGGAACAAGAAGCCAACAUUGCUAAGAAAAAAGCUGUGAAGGAUGCUAAAAAGCAACGUAAAUUGGAAAGAAGAAAAGCAAGAGAAUUACUUCAGCAAGAAAACAGUGAAGAAGGUGCUACCGGAGAGAACAUACCAUCAAUUAGUGAGGAUGAAAGUUCAAGUGACGAGGAUCACUACAGUGAUGUUCCAGAAGAUUUGGAUAGUGAUUUAUUUAGCGAAGUUGAAUAG